CUCGUAUUUUCUUUACGAAUAUACUCCGUAUUGCGGAUCAAAACAGCUCGGUUAGGCUACUUACCUUCUAUAGGUGCAGGUACAGGCACAAACAAGAAGAGAGGUAGGUUAGGAUAAGCUCCCCUCCCCAACUGCGCCAAAAAAAACACCUUAAGUGAAAAUAAAGGCAAAACUCGGGGCGGGAUACCACGCCACCCCCCACCUUUGGGUGUCCUAACCUUUGUUCCACAACUCCGGAGGCGGCACGCCCAUCUGGAAGCAGGCCAGUGCCUGUCAGCAAACGACUCGAGUCGUGAUCUAUUCGAUCAGAUGGUUGGGGGGGCCACGGGAAACAAGAACCAUCUUGUGUCAUGGUGCAAUAGCUCUCGAGGCGCGCCAAAAAGAAGAAGACAAAAAUAAAACAUCAGGCUCAUCCGCGGAAUAUGGAAGAAAACAGGGAAUGUCGGCCGAGAUUGCGAUACAAGCAGACAUUACAUAUAGUCCAGGGCCAGGCCAGUCAGUCCCGGACGAAUGAAUAGGAACCUGAUUUUUUUUUUCUGAUUUCUUUUUGUACUGGCAAAGAAAAACCCAACCCUCUUCUACCUUCUACCUUGCACUUGGCCUGUUUACAUGGCUGGGCUAGUAUUAAUUUGUUACAUCAACUUGGACAUAUUUUAUAUAUUACGGCGCCUUACUGGUGAAUAACAUACAAAUCCAUGCUGCAUUCAUCCAUGGACAAGAGGGCUUAUUUGUUUUCUGUCCCCUGUUGACGCCAAUUUCCUGGUCAGGCGAAAACCAUUAGACAUCCCGGAAUCCUCCUCCCGACCCCUCGUCACCAGCCCGGGGAGCUGUCCGUUGCAGCUUUUAUCUUGUUGGUUAGGUGUGGACGGACGGCGACAUCCCUUGGCAGAGCCCAUCGGGUAAUCAGCAGCAAUAACUUACCGUGCUGUAAGAAGUAAAGGCUGCAUCCAGAAAUACAGCCUUCGCCAGAAAAAAAAGGGGAAAAAAAAGAAAAGAAAAAAAAACCUACUAGAUACCCUCCGCGUCUCUGCUGCGAUUCUCCAAAUCAUAACACAACGUUGUAAAUAUGACCGUUGACGCCACAUGACAAUAACCUUAAGCUAGCCAAGCGCCAUACGGACCCCAACCUAGAUAAAACUACCCUGCUUUUACAUGGUAGUUAGAUCUUGGGCCCUUCAGAAUGCCACCAUAUCUCGGGCCUCGAGACGACCCACCACCGCCGCCAACAGUUCCGUUCAGAGAGUCGCCAGGCUACAAUGGCCACACGCCUCUGAUCCUCAAUUCGGUCUUUAUAGUCUUGACCACCAUCGUGGUCACCUCGCGACUAUUUGUACGGGCAUUCAUGACAAAGGCGCUGGGGAUCGACGACCUCAUGUGCUUUCUUGCUUUUUGUUUCGUCAUUGUACUUUCUAGUAUGGAAAUACAUGCGGUUCAGUACGGCAGCGGUGCACACAUCAUGUAUGUACCGGAGGAACUAUUGGGCCCCUGGUUUGAGUCCAUGGUCACUCAGACCCUGAUCUACUUUAUCGCCACGGGCUUCAUGCGCCUAUCCAUAUUGGCAUUUCUUCCUCGACUGAACAAAGACCUCCAAGAACCAAAGUUCAUGGUAGCUAUAUGGGCCACCGGCUUUGUCAUUGUUGCGCAAACCAUAGGCUGCGUUGUGUACCGGAUCACCGAGUGCAACCAGAUAAGUGAUAUAUGGAAGCCCCCACCUCUGACGGAGGGACACUGUGUGGCUCCCCAACAGGAAAACGCCAUGAUGGCUGGGCAUCAGUCCAUAGGCCUCAUCAUCGACGUCGCGCUGCUCGCCCUGCCUAUAUGGAUCAUCUACGACAAGAUGCUCUUCAGCAAAAGGGCCAUGCAGGUAAUUCUAAUCUUUAGCAUCGGCAUAUUUGUUGUCGUGGCGGGCAUCAUCCGUCUCUACAUGAUAAAGACGCUACUCUUUUUGGCGGAUCCGACCUACAACAUCUCAACGCUUGGCAUCUGGACCGAUCUCGAAGGCCACAUCGGCCUGUGGUGCGGCUGCUUCCCAGCCAUGCAGCCGCUCCUGCGCCUUGUAUCACACAAGCUCAACCUCCGCUCCAGGUUCCGGGGCUACAUGCCCCCCGAAAACGGCCACAGCAGCAAGAGUCCGGCCGGCAGCGCCGCCCUCAAUAACACCAUCGGCAGCGGCGGCGGCGGCAGUGCCUGGUCCUCGGGCGGCAGCCGCGGCAAGAAGACGCGCUACGUCACGAGCGGCAGCGGCGUCGACGCAGACAACAACAGCGAGCAGGGCAUCGUCCGCCCGGACAUGGAGCUGGACAACAUAGGACAGGCUGACAACGGCGUCGGCAACAGCAACCAGGGAAUCACAAAGACCACCAAGGUCGAGGUCUCGGUCGACGAUUGCGGUUCUCCGAGUCGGCUUGCCAAGAUACACGGAUGGUGACAAAGACGAGAGGGUCAAAAUUUUGCACAUUUCUCAGUGGCGAAAUGGCUUUUGUUUGAUGAAACGAAAAGAAAAGAGGGGAAAGAAAUGAACAUAAAAUCUAGUUGAAACGGUAUAGAUUGACAUUUUACCUCAGUGUUAUUGUCCUAUUUUCAGUGGAGUCUGGACAAACUAUCGGAUCAGGGACUGGUAAAGGGCGUCAAGGGAGAAGUGUAUUUUACGUUGGUUUUCCCCCCACGAGUGAUACCCGAGGUAUAUGCGCCUCAUUGGUCGUUAAUGGCAUCUCAUUUUAUACAGCCAUCUUGGGGAGGCUUUUGCGGUUGGAGUAGUGCUGAUUAGCAAACAUACCUCCAUGGGUACCCACCUACCUAUUUAACAACUGAUCAACGCUAGAUGGUUCGGCCCUUAACUG